AAAACAGGACUGAGUAUAACUUUGACUAAGCAUUUCCAGGUGGCACGGUUACGGUUUCUUAGCGCCUCCGCAAAUGUAAACGAUUCUCCGCCGGGAAAGUUGAGCGACUUGUCACUUCGGUAAUCAGAAAGCUUUACUUCCACAUGAUCGCCUCCUCCUUCAGAUUUCAAAUCUCGAUCCCCGAUUCGAUUCCGUCUUCACAUCGAUUUCUUCUGCCUAGUCAACACCAGUUCCGGUUCGGUUUAUUCCUUCGGUUUCGCGCUCAACCGGAUCAAAUGGAGUGGAUGAACCGCCUUGGAAUGGGUUGUUUUGCGGCGAAUCGGAGCAAAAGGGAGCUUAAGACGGAGAUCGACAGCGGCGGAGAGGAUUUGUUCGACGCGGCUGCCAUGGAGUCUGCAGAGAAACCGGAUCAUUUGGUCGUCAUGGUGAACGGUAUCAUUGGAAGUUCGGCGGAUUGGAAAUAUGCGGCGGAGCAGUUCGUGAAGAAGUUCCCGGACAAAGUACUCGUGCACCGUAGUGAGAGUAAUAGUGCAACGAUGACAUUUGAUGGUGUGGAUAUGAUGGGUGAAAGGCUAGCUAGUGAGGUUUUGUCUGUUAUUAAGAACAGAAGUGGGCUGAGGAAGAUUUCAUUUGUGGCUCAUUCAUUAGGAGGUCUUGUUGCUAGAUAUGCCAUAGGGAAGCUCUAUGAACAGCUCGGGGAAGCAAACUCUUUGGAGUCUCCUUCAAAGGCCAAGAGCGUGACAGGCGGCGAAAUUGCUGGGUUAGAACCUAUGAACUUUAUAACUUUCGCAACGCCUCAUCUUGGUUCAAGGGGACAUAGACAGUUUCCAAUUCUUUGUGGCCUUCCGUUUCUUGAAAGAACAGCUUCCCAAACUGCACACUUAGCUGCUGGGAGGACUGGAAAGCAUUUGUUUCUUGUGGACAACGAUGAUGGACACCCUCCACUUCUGAUCCGGAUGGCUACAGAUUCUGAUAACUUAAAGUUCAUAUCAGCUUUACAUGCCUUCAAGCGUCGCGUGGCAUAUGCAAACGUCAAUUUCGAUUACAUGGUUGGAUGGAGGACGUCUUCAAUUCGCCGUCCAAAUGAGCUCCCAAAGCCAAAUCUUCUAGCAACUGAUCCAAAUUAUCCACACAUUGUAUACGUAGAACAUGGAAAUGUGGACAAUGGUAGUUGCCAGAUAACUUCUACAGCAGUAACUGAUGAAAACACUGAUCUUGAAGAGGAAAUGAUACACGGACUCGCUCAACUAUCUUGGGAACGAGUAGAUGUAAGCUUUCACAAUAGCAAGCAACGAUACGUGGCUCAUAAUACCAUUCAGGUGAAGACAUAUUGGUUACAUUCUGAUGGUAAAGAUGUUGUCUUCCACAUGAUGGAUCAUUUCUGUCUCUAGCCCCUGAACAUUUUCAACCAACUCCAGGGUUUCAACCGCUGCAAUUAGUCAGCAAUGUAAGAUGGGGACAAGCAUUACAAACAUCUUUUUGUUUUUGGUUAUAUAUAUCGUAUGAUGCUUGAUGCGAUACGUUAUGGUUAUUUGAAAUGUAUUUUAUUCGGUUUGAAAGAUGAAUCUGUACAGAUCUACUCGGUCUUUGUAAAUCUUUUCAUCCUUCUUUGUUAUAUAACCCAUCCUGUAUGAAAAGUUAUUUUCUUGAUUUAGAUUGAGC